CUCAGUGUUUGGCUGACCGCUGACCAAGAUGUUUGCCUGCGUCGUGCUCCUGCUGCUCUCUGGCGCCGCCGCUCUACACGGCUUGGACGCAGAGGGGAGAGCCAACCAAUGCUACGUGUGCGUGUCGCGGGAGUGGGAGACAGCUGCGUACGUCCGCUCCCGGCACAAUACAAGCAUCGAGCUCUGCGACAACUUCAGGGUUGGCGACAGCCGCUUCAUCCGCAACUGCCAGCCGCCUUUCCUAGGAUGCCUUACAACAAUCAACGGAAAACAGAUAACCCGUCAGUGCAGUGAGGACAGCUGGCAAGAAUGUCACAAUUUGAAUGGAGUCCAUUACUGCUACUGUCAGGACUCACUGUGUAAUGGCAACCUCGAGGAAACAUAUGCUGAGCUGGGAUCCCUCACGGAUGAUGAUGACUAUGCUUCAAUUAUUGAAGGCAGUGGUGGUGGUGGUGGUGGUGGUGGUGGUGGUGGUGGUGGUGGUGGUGGUGGAAACAUAGAAUACACUUAUACCCCUGUGGAGACAACUGAAAGCAAAGAGCAGUCACUUGCUUGUGCUAUUAUCCCAUCAUUUUGGUUCUGUUUUUUCUUAAAUUUGGCAGCAGCCAUUUUCCGUUAAGUAUCUAUCCAACUCUCUUCUCUAUCAUUAUUAACCCUCACAAACCACAGUCCCACUAUUUCAACAAUGUCGCAACAUAUUCCAUAUGCCAAUUAUAGACAUGUUACAUGUAAUAUAACCCUGUAGAGUCACCUUACAGCAACCCAGUAGUAAUCCCAAUAAAUGUAGUCAGUGAAAUGGUGACAAUUGAAAAACCAGAAUCAUCUUAUUUAGUAGUUUAAAACCGCUAUAAAUGAAUUCUCAAGAAAUAUUAAAUGUUGUGUGAAAAAGUUUGCCCAUAAACAAAAUAUAAACAUACAUCACUUAGCAACAUAGAACAUGAAUGGCUUCUGCAUUAUUUUUUGUUCCACUAAUUAUGUCCCCACAUGUCUGACAAGACUGUCUUUUUUCUGAAUUUCUUUUCUCCUUUUGAUUUUAGUUCUUACGAAACCUAGUUUUCAACCACCUUUCUUCUAGAAGCAUCCAUAGCUCUCAUUAUUUGUACAACAUUACAAUGGUGUCAUUUUCCAGGCAUUUGCCUCUUAUAGGUAUAUAAUAAAGUCAGUUAAAAUUCACCCAUCAUUGAUGUCUACUGGCCCCUCUGAUGAAAGUUCUUGGUCAAUUGAAGAAUAGCAAAAUAUGUCAAUGAUAGCAAAUUAUCAAGUCCAAAUAUGAUGUACAUGAUGUUUCAAAGUCCCUGUAAACAAAUUUCAUGCUGUACAAAACAAAGUUGUAUACAAAAAAUUUAUUAAGUAAUGCAUACAUUAAUUAUAUAAAUGUCACUGUUAUUGGUGUGGCUAUCAUAUCUCACAGAAUAGGCCACCUGUUACCAAAGAAUGUAGAGGUAAAAUUUAGUGUGAACAUGUGUCUGUGAUAUUUAUUUUUAACUUUUUAUCACUGUCUGCUAAUAACAAAUACUAAUGUUCUAGAUUAUAUGAUUUAUCCACCAGGGAUUUCAUUUAAUUUUCAUGCAAUAAAUUCUAUAAGCAUAAGACAUUUAUUUCUAAUGCAAUUACUAAUCUUUCUGUGAUCUCAGUACGAAAAAUUUCAUACAAAAAUGAACUUGCCUCAACUUUACUUGGUGAACUGGAGAACUAUUGUCACUAUUGUUGGUAACUUCUAGAGAACAAAGAAAACUUCAAAAAGCCCAAUUAUUGACUGAUAAAAUGGCCCAUGACAUCUAAAAUAUAUUUUUGUCUAGCUUUGUCUGAGGGCUACUUAUAUUAAAAUUACAAUGAAAUAAUGCUAAUAUAUUUUCAUUGUUAAAUGGUCCCUUUGUACGUUUUUGAUCUGUAUGAUUGGAGAUCUAUGCAAUAGUAAAGUAAGCAGCAACAUUCUGAAGGCCAUAUUGCAUGAGCCUUAUCUCAUAAAUCAUGUGCCUUCAUUCACUACCGUUCCAUCAUUUGUAUGGACAGAAACAUGCUCAGUUAUAAUAAUGUGACUCUCACAUUAGCAUUUUAGAUACAAAGAACAGAUGCUCAAUUUCUUUAGAUAGUUGUAAAAUUUCGUCCAGUUCAUAGUGAUCAAUAUACCUGUAUAUUUCUCCAAACAUACUCCAUGUAUAACAACUAUAACAAUACACUGUAGUGCUCUGAAAAUGUCUGUCUCUCAGAUAUUGUCUUUAUUACAUCAAAACUUGGCUAUAGUUGUUGUACCAAGACUUCUUUUCUACUUCAGAGAAAUUGUACUAUUUAUGUUUCAGCAUAACAUUUCAUUGUGAAAUAAAAUUUCUAUGCUGUUGUUAAGAACUACAAAAUGUUGACAUAUUUAGGUAACCUAGAUCAUUCUUGGACACGAGUCAUGUGUCUGUAUAAAAUUGGCAUAUAUGAGCAGAACAGAUGGUCCUUUACAAAUAUUGUGCUCUGUCUACAAGAUUUUUUUCCCUACAAGAACCUCAAGCAGUAACUAGCUAGAAUUCUUCCAAUGUCUUUGUAGUUCUUGAAAGGAAAGGUUGCUCCAGUGUGCAAUUAUACUCUUGUAAAGCUGUUGCUCUGAGCAGGAAAAAAGUAUACUACCCUCUCAUUACCUUAAUUUCUUUCUGACAAAUCUAUAGCUUCAGUCUAUUCUUUUUUUCAUCAUUCCAUGAAAUUUAUAUUCAGUUCAAUGCAUCAUAUUCUUCAAUUUCAUUGCUGUUCUACCUCCAUUCCCCUGUGUUCCCUGGUGGUACCUGUCAAUCACAUACUUACCUCAGCUAUAUAUCCUAGAAGUUGUAACUUGUCAUCACAUAACAGCUUAUAGUUUGCAUCAAAUGAAAUUCUUCAUUUUUAAAUGUUAAACUGUAGCCCGUUAUGUACCCAGUGCUAGCAACCUUCCAUCAAAAGCAUAAGAGAGAUUGUAUUGUCACUUUAUAGCUGUUAUUUAAGACACAAAAAAAUUAGACAUUAGUUACCAGUGGACAUGGAUUUACAUCAGUGGGGCAAGUUGAAAAUUUGUGCCAGACUGAGAUUUGAAUCUGGGUCUCCUGUUUACUUGGCAAAUGUGCUGACCACUAUGCAUCCGGACACACUGGUCACCACAAUCGAGAGGACUACCCUAGCUCACCUCCCAUCAGAUCCAAAUUCUCAACUUAUACCAUGCACCAAUGAUGUAGUGCCCCUGCUCACUAGCCUCAUUACUCUUCGCAUCUUACCAGUUCCCGUAAGAGUUCGAGCUUGGGCGCAUCUGCACUGAAGGGAUCAUUGCUGUCAUCACCAUAAUUGUAUGUGACACCAGAUGUUCAGGGUGGGCACAAAGUCUUGCACUGAUUAUAAAAAUUUAUAACAGAAUAACCGUUUGACAUAAUAAAUUAAAUUUGAUGCCAUUGCAUAGCUUAGUGUUACUAGUUUUUUUAAGGCCACCUACGUUAGUAAACCUCAACACGUGCUCCCUCCGUAGCUCGGAGAAUGUCGAGGCGGUAUCCCAGUUCCUGUCAGGUGUUUUGUAACUUGUAUUCUGUCACAGUACCCACAUCUGCUUGUAUCCUAGCCUUCAGUUCAUCAACAUUGGGAACUGGUGUGAUGAAGAAUCUGUCCUCGGUAUAGCCCCACAAAAAAGUCGAGUGUCGUAACGUCUGGAGAGCAGGGUGGCCAGGGUGUUGGACCAUUCCUUCCAAUCCACCGUUCCGGACAUUACUCCCCUCUCCAGACAUUACACCCCUUUACUUUUUUUUUCUGGGGCUAUACCAAGGACAGAGUCUUCUUCACACCAGUUGCUGACGUUGAUGAACUGAAGGCUAGGAUACAACCUGCUGUGGGUGCUGUGACAGAACACACGUUACGAAACACCUAGUGGGAACUGGAAUACCGCCUUGACAUUCUCUGGGCUACCAAGGGAGCACAUGUUGAGGUUUACUAAUGUAAGUGGUCUUAAAAAAACUAGUAACACUAACCUAUGUAACAGCAUCAAAUGUAAAUUAUUAUGUAAAACAGUUAUUCUGUAAUAAAUUGUUAUAAUCAGGGCAAAACUUUGUACUCAUGAUGUACAGUUACCACAAUAGCCGCCAAUGAUCCUUUCAGUGCAGAUGCCCACCAAGCUUGGCAACAUCCCAUGAGUAAUGAGGCUAAUGAGCAGGGCCAUUACAUCAGUAGUGUGUGGCAUAUGUUGAGAAAUUAGGUCUGAUGGGAGAUGAGCUAGGGUAGUCCAUGUGGUUGUGGUGAUAACUGUCUGGAUGGUGUAGUGGUCAGCAGGAGACCUGGUUUGCAUCCCAGUCUGGCACAAGUUUUCAACUUGCCCUAUUGACAUAAAUCAAUUCCCUAAUGUCUAAUUCCUUUGUGUCUUGAUUCAUAUUGACUGCAGGAUCCAAAUGAUGUCUGUUCUUUUCAGAAUGAUGUCUGUUCUUUCAGACAUGUCCAAAAGAAGAGACACCACAUAUGUUAUAGCUAUUAUGUGAUUAAAUACUAAAACAUUUGCUCAAGUCACUAUAUAUUAGUUUUUCAUUGUGUUAAAUUUACUGAUGAAUUCCCCUAAAAAAUUUAUUAAAAUUAAAUCUGUCACUGUGCUUAAUUUUCAUUUAGGGUUUUGUAUACAAAACUGUCUCAUAAGAAAUGCUCCAUCAGUUAACUAACAUCAUUUUACAUGUUUUAUCUUAACUGCACUGAAAAUACAAGCAGUUAGCUAAUGUAAAUUAUGUACCAUCAUCAUACCAUGAAUUUAAUCUUAGAAUCCAGCAUAGCAAUUUGACAGUUGAUUCAGCAGUAUUCAGUAACACCUUAACAUUUGCAUAAAAUGUAAAAGUAUUCAAAGUGAAAGAAAGAAGAAGAUAAGCCCAGCAGUUUUCUACAGAAAAAUUACUUGAUGAAAUAUGCACAUAGGUAUAUUGGCAUUGUUACGGUGCUUCAAAAAUGAAUGUGUAGAUUCUAUGAACACUUACAACAUUUUGGGAGAGCUUUGUGUACCCAGUACUGUAGAUGCUGAUCUCCAGUUGUAAUGCAAAAACUACAUUGCACUGGUAUGGUACUAAAAUAAAAAUGAACUAAUAUUUUAAUACGCUUUUUAGGGAGCCCAAUUAAAACUAUUUGCACGUAUGGGACCUAAGAUUUGGAGUGAACAAACCCCCAUCUCGCUUAAUUAAGCUAUCUUUGUCAAUAUUUAAAUAUUAAUUGGUCACCAGGAAUUUAAAAAAAAAUUAGAAAAGUCAGUUUUUUCCAUCAUUUUUAACUGUAGAACAUGUCAUUAAAAUAUAAGUGUUAUGACUAGAUUUCAAAUAUUGAUGCAGAAGAUGAAUACAUUUUUCCGAUUUCCUACAGUAUUUACUUUUAAAUCUACCAGACACCUGACGAUCAGCACUGUGAUAAUCCACCCCUGACAGACAUGAAUGAAAUAAUUAGAAAAACAGAGAGAAUACACUACUGCUGGUUACUUCCUCUUCUUUUUUCUUUUCAAAUCCAGGAUAUAUGAAAUUACUGUCAUUCACUGAUGUCUCAAAAGAAGUAUAAAAUUUGUGUCGAAAAGAACAAAAUCAUAACUCCUUGUUAUCUGCCUAGGGAAUUAAGUUUCAUGUUUUUAAGUACAAACUGUUAAGUAUACUUUAUUGUUAUUGUAAUUUUAUGGUUACUAUUAUUACUGUCAUAAUAAUAAUAAUAAUAAUAAUAAUAAUAAUAAUAAUAAUCAUCAUCAUCACCACCACCAUCACCACCACCACCACUACCACCACCAAUACAAUCAUCACCAUUACAAAUGGAGAUUUUGUUAUUGCAUCAGUCAUGCCACAAUGAUGUUGAAUGUUUAAUACAAUUUGUGUGAAAGUUCACAAAACCC